GUACGAGUAUCAACUAAUUUAAUUUCCUUUCUGUCAAGAUUUUGACGUUUUGACAACUGUUGAAUUGAAUUUUUAUAGGUUACAAUUUUCGAAAAAUAUAACAAUUUUUAUUUAUUAUAAAUAAUGGUAAGAACGGCUAUAGUUGAUGAUAAUCUCGAAAAGUACUUAUCUGCAGUAUCCAGAGAUAAUAAUUACGCCGUAGGACUAAUUUUAGGACAGUCAUGUUUAGGCAAAGACUAUAUUAUCCACUUUGCCAAAACUCCACCUCUGCAGACGGAUGAUGAUAAAAAAUCCGGCAAAUCUGCUGAAAAACCGAAAAAAAUCGAGGAUUUUAACAAUGUCUGGCUGGCUGAUCAUGCCAGACAAGCCACCAGGAUGCUCCCGGGUGGGUUCUACGUACUAGGAAUAUUUGUUAUAUCCCCUGAUGAUGUUUUAAAUCCUUUUAACCCAAAAAUUAAAUCACUGUUACAUUCUGUUCACAUACAAUUAAGUUCCAACAAAUAUCUAUUCGGCAGCCCUAAUACAGAUAAACUGGUUCUCCAUCAUUCUUCAAAAACGCAGAAAUAUUUUUGUAAAAGUUACGACAUUACCAGUCACAGUGUCCAGCCUGUAGAUGUGAAAUCCCAGCCAAAAAACUGGAUCAAUAUUCAUUGUGAUUUUACACUAAACAAACUUUAUUAUUUAGCCAAACAUCAGGGAGAGUUGCCAUUAGAAAAGCAUAUCAAGGUAAUUUUGGAUGAGUUGUCUGGAAUUUUAGAUACAGCUGUAUUUUUGUAUGAUAGGGAAUUUCGAGAUAAAGAUGAUAGUUUAGAAACGUUAGGAAAGAAGAAAAAUAGGAACAGUAGAUCGAGCAAAAAUUCUCACGAGUCUGGUGAUGGUCAAAAGCCUUUGCAAGUUUCUAUAUUUCAGUCAAUGAACUCAAAUUCUUCCACAAAUUCGGACGUAAAUAUCUUAGAUUCAGGUGGUAGGUUUAGAUUAAUUGGCAAAGUAGCUUCUAAGCUAUGGAUGCAACCAAAAACGACCAUUGCUGAAGCUUCUGAAGCCGUUAAAGAAGAUAUUUUACGAAGUCUUACUUCUAGGUUAGAAAUGCACUGGGAUUCUUUAAUAGAAGAAGAAAAUUCUGAAGACAUCAAUAGUGUUCACGAACCUCCUAGAAGGGUCCUAAUAGCCUUACCUGACAGUGAAAUUGCCCUCUCAGAUUAUUUAUUCCCAGGAGAAGGGCCACAGGAAGCCAAAGUAUCACUAGAAGAGCUCUUAGACGUCAAAAUUAAUGGAAAAUUGAACAUAACAGACGUCGAAGGUCAAGCAGACGCUACGGAUCUGGAUAAAUAUUACAAAGGUGCCUUGGACAGUGAUAAAGAUGAUGUCUCGUUAAAAGAUAAACCUGACUCCAAUCAUUUAAUGUAUAUGGGACUAGUGUUGUCACUUCUUGUUCUCAUUGUUGCUGUUUUAUUCAAAGUUUUUAUGUAAAUUGUAUUAUGACGUUCGAAAAUGGUUUCAUUUAAACAAACGGUGCAUUUAUUUUUAAAAAUAUAACCUGUUAUUUAAGUAUUGUCUUUUAU